GUUUGUAGAGGGCUUCAAGACUCUUGGGCUACUGAAAGAGCUCCAGAAAAACCCGACUGUUUUUCACGACAUGUUGGUGUGUGAGGAGAAAGCCCUUACAGCCAGGGACUUGAGUGGCCUUUUCACUGUGGCCUAUUCUGCUCAGGGCAGCAAUCGGCGAGCUCUGGAGAAUCAGUUGGUGUGCUUUUGGAGAGACUGGCUGAUUAACAUUGAAGGUCUGCUUUUUGAAUUUUAGUUCAUUUUUAAAGAUUAAGACUUACUUUGCACAAUACAACAAAACUGGGGAAAUGACUUCCGGAUCGGACCACCAUCAUGAUGGUCGCAUAGCGAGAGGGCUCCUGGUCGAACCAGAAUAAUUAGAGAAAUUCCCCCCUUUUAACUCAAGCAAAUAUACCAAUAUAAUAACUUAAAAGGGGGGUACGAUCAUAUCGUACCACUACGAGAAAUAAACGCCAACAGAAAUCAGGUGAGCGAGAGAGAAGAGACGUGGCAACAAUUAGCAGCUAGCGGAUUGAAGCUAACAAGCCACGAGGAGCAGCGUCUAAAGAUGACGACACCAAACUGAUCUUGCAAGAACUAAAAGGG